AUGGCUGCGUCCUCAGGAAGCCCGUUGAUGAGAGACCAGUGGAGAGUCGACGACGACAGACACGCAGCCCAUCACACUCGCCCCAGGACCGGGGAGACGGACAGUCGACGACCACGCUCGCCGCUACCUUCGCGCUACUACCACCGUGGUCGUGAAGGAUCGAGUCGAAAGCACGUUACCAAUUCCCCUCCUUUCCACCAUUCACAUCGACUUCAGAGCGGGAGCAGAGAUCUCAGGAAUACCAGAGCAAUUCCCUGGCACGACCACGCAGAAAACAGAGACGCCAAGCAUUCUAUUGAAAACCAGGUAAGGUCUCGAAGGAGAGAACCUAUCCUCCUAUCGCCAUCCCAUCCUCCCUUCCCAAAGCGCAGGCGAAGCUCUAGCCCUCCUCUAUCCACUUCCUACCGUCGUGCUCGUCAUCACGACGGGAGAGACUACGACCGAGGGGGUCGGUUUGGACGAGGAGCCAGCCGCUCGCAGCGCCAUCAUUCUCCAGGGCCUUUUGUGCCGUCGCGAGAAAGUGGACCAAGACGAGAAUCCAAUUUUUCUCAAGCUCCCACGUCUGAUUCCCUCUCAAUUUCUCGCCACAGGCGCUCUAGAUCCCCAGCUCCCUCCGCUUACGGACGACGCCCAUCGCUUUCUCCCCGUUCUACCACUGCCCGAUUCUCUGAUUCAGAUACCUAUUCUCUUCGACCAACGUCUCGUCCUUCAUCGGUAUCGGGUCGCUCAAGAGAAUCUCCCCCAUUGCGUGCUCGGCGUAGCAUGCAAAGUACGCGUUCAACACAGCCCAUCGCGGACGGGCCGUUAGACCCUCCAGUUUCUUUUCGACUAACCCCAAGUCACGACAUUCCUAGUUCUAAUACUUCCGUUGACAGUGAUACUCCUUUACGUCUUGCAUAUUCUCCCCACAAUAUGCGUCCAUCUGAUUCCCGGGGUUCACGCCGUCAGGCUCGCCCCCAUGUCGAUACUAGGCCACAAUACGCUGGGUCUCCGCAGUAUGUUGCCGGGACGGACUCCCGCCACUCCUCUCCUCAGUCUGGUUCGCCGUACGGCGGUAGCCGCGGGUCGUGGGGUAGCCAGCAACCGCCAUAUUCUCACGGACAACAAAGACAACUACAUGGAUAUUCACCGCCGUAUCGCCAGUCAAACUAUCCACCUCAGGGCGGAUCCCAGGGACAGUAUUAUCAGAGCCCACAAGUGCAAUAUCCCCCAAGCACAAACCCUGGACAGCAGGCAUAUUCAGGACAGCCAUCUUACCGAGGAGGUCCUUCUAGUUAUCGUGGCAAUCCUUAUAACCAACCGCCGCCAGAUCGUCGAUUUUCAAACCCUACCUCGCAAGGCUACGGGUCACCACCACAACCCCAGCGAUCGCGAAGUGGACAUUUUACUAGUCUGCAGUGGACCGCGUCAGGUGGUCGUGGGCGAGGUUCUCAAUCUGCUGCUGGGCCUCAUCUUCCGACACAAUCCUUACCGCCACUACAAUCACCACACCACGCCGACAACGAGCGCAUGUCACCUGAUAUCGACGAAGAUGAUAAUCCUUUCCGACCAUCGAAAGACCUUCAAGUUGAAGAUGAAGAAGCAGUUAAAAUUAGUGAGGCUACUGAUACGAAGAAGAUGCCACCUCCUCGACAGUCAAACCCCACAUCCCAACCAAAAGAACCUGGGAAAUUCAGUUUUGCAUUUAAAUCAAAAGUCCCUUCCACGACUGUACCAAAACCCGUUUCUGGCCUUGCACAGAAGAUGCGUGAGCCCCCUCGACCGGUAGAACCGCCCAAAAAGGAGCACCAGUCUGUCAUACCUCGUCCAAAAUACGAAAGUCGCCUGGAUCGUCGCGAUGACAGACGUGAUCGGGAUGGAAGAAAGAUGGAUCGUCGAUUUGAUCGCCGGGAUGAUAAGCGCCGAGAGCGCCGAGAAGAUUGGAGACCUGACACCAGACAUGACAGGCGAAAAGAAAGAGACCAUGAACGGUCACCAAACCCAGACAAAGCCAAGAAAAAGAUGUUGAUACGAAUGAAACCUCGUCCUACGUUGACUGAGGAGUUUUCCCAGUCUGAGUCGGUAUAUUACCGUAAACCCGGAAACGAAUCAGUCGUUGGAGCUGGGACGUACGGAAAAGUUUUUAAGGCCGUUCAUGUAUUCACAAAAAAUAUGGUUGCCUUGAAGAGAAUACGGAUGGAGGGCGAGAAAGAUGGAUUUCCAAUAACGGCUGUUCGCGAGAUCAGACUACUUCAACACCUUCGACACGAGAAUGUUGUUCGCCUCCAAGAAGUCAUGGUAGAGAGAAACGAAUGCUUCAUGGUAUUCGAAUACUUGUCCCAUGAUAUGACUGGUCUAAUUAACCACCCCUCCUUUACUCUCACCUCUGCCCACAAGAAGCAUCUCGCAAAGCAAAUGUUUGAUGGCUUAAAUUAUCUGCAUCAUCGAGGCGUUCUCCACCGUGAUAUCAAAGCAGCCAACAUUCUCAUUAGUAACAAAGGCCAGCUCAAGUUUGCUGAUUUUGGUCUGGCACGUUUCUUUUCGAAAAAUCGGCAACUUGAUUAUACAAAUCGAGUGAUCACCAUUUGGUAUCGACCACCUGAACUACUCUUAGGCGAGACACGAUACGGCCCGGCGGUCGACGUUUGGAGUGCUGCCUGCGUAUAUAUGGAAAUGUUCACAAAAAAGGCGAUAUUUCCUGGAGAUGGGACCGAAAUCAAUCAGCUUGAUAAGCUUUACAACUCGUUAGGUACUCCAACAAGAGGGGAUUGGCCCGGAAUAAUCGACAUGCCGUGGUUUGAACUUAUGCGACCUCGAGAAAAGAAAAUACGAGUUUUUGAGGAAACAUAUAAAGAUCACUUAUCUCCCGCUGCCCUUGACCUUGUCUGUAAGAUAUUUCAAUACGAUCCGGCCAAACGUCCAUCAACUGAGGAAGUACUUGCGCACCCCUACUUUACAGAUGAGGAGCCAUCGCCGCAACAGGCAAUUGAACUCGCAGAAGUAAAGGGUGAUUGGCAUGAAUUCGAAUCUAAAGCCCAUCGAAAAGAAAAAGACAAAGAAGCCCGUCGGGCUGAGCAGCGUGAAAAGGAAAAACGGAGAAUAAGUAGCAUGGCAGGAGAUAGCGCCGAUCGAGAGCGCAAACGUCCCAAAGUAGAUGACGAUACCUCCGCUCCUGUAUCUCAAAGUUGCGAAAACUAA